GCUGUCAUGUGACCAAAUAUUGCGAUAACAGAGUUCCUGGAAUAACAAAACAAAUGUGACAGCUGAUAUGAGCGAUGUUGUGUUCCCGAAUGUCAGUUGGAUAGAUGAAAUCUUACAUUGCUGUGAAGCUCUUCACAGUGAACGUCAUCUGAAGACUGUGAAGGGAAGGAUAGAAUCGCGGACCAGAAAUGGAGGCUGUAAGACCAAAGAAGACGAAAGGCAGCUCAAGGCAACAGGGCAGGAAGCCGAGGCAGCAGGAGGAGGAGGGAGGGGCCACAGCUCCCCCUGCAGUGUGUGCUGAGGAGCCUCCCGCUCCGACGGCGCCUCCGGACGCUGAGUUUGCAGACGUCCCCCUCAGCCUGCCUUAUGGGGGCUCCGGGGGCGCGGAGGAGGAGCAGGCCCCCCUCACAGAGCCUGCCUCACAGGCAGCCUCAUCCACAGCCCCGCCUCUCCCUCGGGCCUCACAGGCACCCCUAGUUCCCUCCUCACGCUCGCUGUCCCCAUCCACCUUGCCACAGACAUUUCAGUCGUUGUUGGCGUUGUCGCCGGAGUUACCACGGACAGCCGACCAGCCGUCCGAGCUGACGGUUGCCCUGGAGACUCCCGAGGUGAUGAGAGGCUCCCUGGCCCUGGAGAAAGCCCCAGCCCCCAGCGCCCCAGCCCUCUACCCCUCCCUUCCCUCGCUGGAGGAGAGCCCCGGGAUGCAGCUCCGCGAGGAGACCCAGUGGGCCUGCAGGACGAGGGGGCCGGCCGUGCUGGCGUUAGCAGAGCAGGAGUCCUCUCCCCCGAGUCUGCAGCCCAUGGAGCUGUCAGCACCAGAGGUGCCCAGAACCAGACUGUACCCAGAGCUGCCCCAGCUACCCCCCGAGACACAGGCCUUCUCCCUGGAGCAGCUGCGGGCGUGGGAGCCGGCGGGGGGGCUGCGCGCCUGGCUGGAGGGCGCGGAGGCGUGCGCGGGCCUCUUCGGCGCGGCGGCGCGUCAGGAGGGCCACGCCCUGACGGAGCUGCUGCAGAGCUACUGGCGCUGCCGGCGGCAGCUGAGCCAGUCGCACACGCAGCUGCACGCGCUCACCUCCGACUGCAAGAGCACGCAGAGCCGCCUGUGGAGCUUCCGCGACGAACAGCUCACCCUGCAGGGCGUGUGCGUGGACCAGUCCAAGGUGUGCGGCUACCACCGCUUCCAGCAGGCCGACUUCAGCGAGUCCGUCCUGGCGGAGCUCAAGAGGCUGUUUGAGGUGCGUGCCGAGCUGCUCCACCAGAAGGUGGCGCUGCACGCCUACACGGCCCUGCUGUCGCGGCUGCAGGUUGAAUCCUACCUCUACUGCUUGCUGCAAGCAUGCUCCGACUCCCAGGGGCAGCCCUGCUCGCUCCAGCCCCUGAAAGAGGCCAUCAGUGUUCUGUUCAGCUUCACGCGGAGAGUCCUGGACGACGCCCAGUUCCAGACAGACAUCCACAACUGGCUAGAGAGACUGGUGGCAGUGCUUCUCCGGGGGGCACCCGAGGAGCACCUCUUCCUACUCAGCCACAUGCUGUGCUGCCCAGCGGGGGUGGGCAAGUGGGCCGCCCCCUUCCUCCAGAUCCAGGUUUUAGGGAACUCCUCUGGGGUGAAGGACUUCAUGCAGGCCCUGGCCGUCCUCAUGUCCCCUGCCAGGCACCGUGCAGAGUUCCUGAGCCACAUGAAGCCCUGCGAGAGCCAGACCUCUGCCGACUCGGGCCCCGACUCGGGGAACUGGACGCUGGUGGACGAGGGGGGCGAGGAGGAUGAAGACCCGGACAGCGGCUGGUUGUUGCUGUGUGAAGAGGACCUGAUCUCCUUCCUGUCCCAGUUCCCCUUCCAGCAGCUCUACGCACACAUGCUGGGCAUGAGCAGGCAGGGUGUGUAUGAGCCCCGGGCUGUGUCCAGUCAGAAGAUGAUGUGUGUGUUUGCCUCGGCCUCCUCGCUGAUCGAGCUCCUGGCCGUCGGCCUGCGAACCUACAACAGAGCCCGCUACCGGCAGCUGGUCAAACGCAUCGGACACACCAUUCGGAUGACGGUGUGUUACGUCAGUGACCACUGGGCCCAGUACGUCUGCCUGAGCGGCUCUGCCCCGCCCCCACCCCCGCCCACACACACAAACACAAACAAGCACUCUCUGUCCCAGGAGAGGCUGCAGCAGGAGUACGACCACCUCUUCCUGCGGGCCGUUCUGCACGUGCUCAGAAACAAGAGGCUGGGGAUCUGGCUGUUCAUGUCUGAGAUGCCGUAUGGCACGGUGUCCAGCUCCAUGCUGUGGAGGGUGCUCUACGUCAUGCAGUGUGCCGAGACCGCAGGGCUGGACACGCUCUGCUCUGCCCACAACACACACAGCUCUCUGCAGGCUCUCCAAGAUCCAGAACACCAGGAGAGGUUUGAGCGCUGGCUGGGUGAGGUGAACAGCUCUGACGGCAUCUCUCUCCUCACCGCGCUCGCCCACAUGGCCACGCCCACCCAGCACUCGGACCCCGCCUUCAUCACCACCAUCACCCUCCUCAUCUACCAGGUGUCCUAUGUCAGUGUGUCCACCAGAGAGAUCUAUUCCAAGGUGGGCAGAGAGCUGCUGGCUGCCAUAGCGACAGCCCAUCCUUUGAUCAUCUCGGUGCUGCUUGAGAGACUCAGAGAGACCAUCCACUCCGUAGGCAUGGUGGCGCUGUACCUGUGUAAGGAGCUGCCUCUGAGCCUGUGGCGCCCCCUGGAGGAGGAGGUGCGUGUGAUCGGGGUGUGGCUACUGCAGUACCCACUGUCUGCUGUGGAGAACAGGCUGGCCUGUGUCAUCCUGGAGGGGCUGGACUGGGGCUACGCACAGGGAACACACACACAGGAUGGGAGCCUGGCCCAGACCCUGGCCCUGGUGCCCUCCCUCCACAGUGAGGUGGCUCUGCUGGUGUGUGAGGCCUACCAGAAAUACCUGACAGACAAGCCAUACAGUGGCCUCAUCUCUGAGGGCAUCAAACAGGUAUCUUACCUGGCCAGUGUUCUUCGUCUGGGCGUGUCCCCCGAAGCCUCCUUCAGCCAGUGGGCGUGGCAACUGUUGCUAAGACUGAAGCUCCACAGCAACGCUCGAAACCCUCAGGCGGCCUGGUCCGCCCCCGGCUCCGCCUCCCACCCCUCCCCCGAGCUCACGCACGCUCCCAGCAUGCACUCUGUUCUCCGAGCGGUGAAGGGGGGCAUUCCGAUUGGCUGCUACCUGACCAUCGCCAUGACCACCGUUGGACACAGUCUGGAACACUUCUGUUCAGAGGGAGUGUGUCUGCUGAGGAGUCUGAUCCAGUCCAGACACCUGAGGGCUGCUGUUCACCUGCUGGACCACAUCCUGCCCCCCACCUACCCCCUGAGCUUCUACCUGCUCAACAACACCCAGUUUGUGGACUGCGUCCAGCUCUUCCUGCAGUGUGACAGUGUGUGUCCCCAGGGCGUCACCCAGCAGGUCACCCACAGGGUGGCGCCACUCCUCACUGGAGCCACCUACGGGGACAACGUCCGCCUGCUCAACAGCGUCAUCCAGAACCAUGUGGUGGAGAGUUCCAGGCCGGGCCGUGUGGGCGCUGUGGCGGUUCUGGAGUUCUGGGUGGGGCUCCUGACCCAGCAGAACCUGUGGUACCGUGACAGAACGGUUCUGUUCCUCAUGGACCAGAUCUGCCGCUCCGCGUUCUCCCACAACCAGGAGGAGUGUGUGCAGAAAAUACUCUACCAGCAGCACAAGAAUGCCUUGGGUUACCAUGGAGACCGGGGUCUGCUCUCCGCUCUGGUUGGAUGGAUUUCCGGGAACGCCACGCCCUCUUUCGUCGAGGGACAAUCACUGAGCGGAGAGGUGUGGUUUGCGUGGCUGGUGCUGAACAUGGAGGGGCUGUUUGAGGAGGACUCGCAGCUGAGGCGCUGUGUGGAGAACGAGCUGCUGUCAGACACCAGCCUCACCCCGGACCAGGCCCUCAAGAAGGCCCAGCAGCGUCUGAAGCUCCCGGUCGCUCCCUCUCUGCAGAGGAUGCAGGUGUACCGCUGGGCGUGUCAGGCUCUGGCCACGCCCCCUGACCACCCCAUCCUCCCGCUGGUGUGGCAGAAGUUCCUGCAGCUCUACCUGAGACAGCCUGGACCCGAGUAUGGGCUGGAUGCGGCCGGCUGUAUCGGCCGCAGGUUCUUCCAGGCCUCGUCCCAGGCCAGCCUGCUGAAGGAGCUCAGGCAGAGGCUCCAGGAGGUGUCGGACUUCCACCACGCAGCCAGCCAGGCCCUCAGGGUCCCCCCAGCCGCUCACACCCCCUCCCCAGACCCCCCGGGCCAGGGGGAGGACAACCCUGGCGGCUGCCCCCUGCCCCCCUACCUCACCUCCCCCCAGCUGCACACUGAGCUGGUCAGGUUGUUUGGUGUGUUUGCCGUGUGGUUGGAUGACGACACGCUGCAGAGUAAGGAAGUGUACCUGCCGUCUCUGCCCCAGCAGUACGACCCCCACAGACUGGCCAAGGUCAUGCAGCGACACCAGGAGCUGUGGCUGGAGUACGUGGACCAGGAGAGGGUCCAGUACGAUGCAGAGGAGGUGCUGGCUCUCUGGGUCAAGGUCAGGAGUGAACCCCCCACCCUCCAGACCAGCCAACAGGCCCUCACUGACUGCACCAGCCCCAGUACAGCGAGGGAGCGCAUCCUGUGGAACCUCCAGAAGCACCCGGUCCCUCGCGGGGCUCCGGAGCAGCAGCAGCAGAGCCCCCCCGUCCCCGAGGUGCCCCCCUCCUGCCUGAGUCGCCCCAGCGCCGCCCUCAGCCUGCUGCAGCAGGACCUCAGCACCCUGCAGGACCAGGCCCGGUUUGCGGUGUCGCGGGAGGCCCAGCAGGUGGCGCUGGAGGGAGAGCUGCUGGAGAGUCUGCCUCUGCUCUACAAGAACAGACCAGAGCAAGUCAGCAUGGCGCUGGAGUGUCGAGGCAAGGCAGGCCAGCCGUGUCAGGGAGCAGCGCAUAUUACUGUCACGUGUGAGUGCGUGCAGAAGCAGGAGGCGGUGCAGGUCCAGAUCACGUCUCUGCGGAGCGACGUCAAGAAGCUGCAGACGGAGGCCAUGACUCCGCCCCCUCAGAGCCUGGCUCAGGCCGCCGUGCACACGGAGAACUUCAUCACGGCUCUGGUGAACCUGUACAAGGCCCGCCCCUCCCCCGCGGUGCAGAGUGUGGGCGUGGCAGCGUUCUACCAGGUGGUCUCCUUCGUGUGUGAGGACACCCUCCGUCACCCCCCCACACGCCAGUACCUGUCCUCCUGUGUGGAGAUACUGGGACAGGUGUUCAUCCAGGGCACGCAGGCAGAGUGUGCUCGUGUCCUGAGCACCAUCCUGGACCAGAGGCGCCUGUGCCCCCUCAUCUCCCCCUUCUUCACCCCCAACGCCGCGCCCAAUCAGCUUGUCUCCCUCUACCAGGACGUGGUGACGUCACUGCACCCCGACAGUGCUGACGUCAUCUUCAUGCUGCUCACCAAGUUUGACCUGUCCCUGUGGCUGAGCGAGGCCCAGCCGGUGUUUGGCGAGCGGACCCGCCUGCUGGAGCUGCUCCACGGGGCUCUGUGUGUGUGCGGCCGAGAGCCCGACCCAGAGCUGCUCACGCCCUUCCACCUGUUCACCCGCCACUGGACCCUGCUGCUGCGACAUCACUUCCCUGACCACUACAGCGACUGCCUCCGCCUGCUCAUGACCAGUUGCUCAGACCAGUUGCUGAGUCCAGAGUGUUGGAAGGUGACACUGCGUGCUCUGGGCUGUUCCGCCCCCCUCCGCUCUAGCAGCGCCCCCCUGCCCCCCCCGGCCGACCCCCCAGCCCCGCCCAGCAGAGCCCCCAUCAGCCUCUCCCCCCAGCUGGUGGAGGAAACCGUCGAUUGGCUGAGCGACUACUUCCUGCGCAGUCGUCUCAGUAAGGCGGACCUGCGCAGCUUCGGCCUCUACUCUGCCUGGACGCCCUACAUCAGCGAGGUCGCGGCCUUCUGGGGCCAUCUGAUUGGCUGUCUCAUCGACCUGCAGUUCAGCGUUUGCGUCAGGGAGCCAGUAGGGAGCAGCAAAGUCCUCAAAGGCCUUCAGGAGCUGCACAGUAAGAUAGUGAGACUGUUCAAGCCCUGGAUCCUGGCCCUGGACACAGAAGAUCCCAGUCACCCCAGGUGUUAUCCUUGGCUGGAGUCAGACGCCAGUGCAGCAGCCUGUCUGAUGGGGCUGUACUGCCAGCUGAUAGACACACUUCACUUCAAGUUCAGAGAUCGCCUGCUCCCAGGCCAGAGGGGCCCUCUGUGGCUAUGUGCCAUGCAGUACUGCGAGAGCUGCACCUCCCCACGCACCCCAGAGCACCUCCUGUACCAGUACCACGCACACCUCCGCCCCCUGCUCUGGAGACACCUCCACCCCGACACCCACCUCAUGGAGCAGCUCUUCAACGUGGAGAGAGGAAGUCCAAAGAGCUGCUUCCUGUUCCUGGGGGAGGUGCUGUGUGAGGUCAACUGGGUCAGCGUGCUGAGUGACAGCUUGCAGGCCCCGCCCCCCGGGGGUCUGUACCCCCCUGUGGCCCCCCCAGGCCCGCACACACACCCCGACACACACACCAUGCUGGUCUACCUGCUCUACAUGCUGGUCUUCCUCACCAAGGAGGAGCCUCUGCUCAGCCAGCCAGACUCCCCCCUCCUGAAUCUAUUGGUUCAGUCCGCCUCCCUGCCCUGGCACCAGGUGGACCUGUCCUCCUACCAAGGCAUUCUGGGUUAUGUAGGCAGCCACUACCCUCCCUCCCUACUCCUCAGCACCGACUCCGCCUCUCAGCUGCUGCUCCAAUCGCUGCGCAGUGCUGGCGGGCUCCAGCCACGCCCCCAUGGGACUCCACAAAGGGAGGAGACGGAGAAGGCGGGGGUGUGUGUGUGCUGGUGUGUGCAGAGCCUGGUCUCUCUGGAGCAGGGGGGCAGCAUCAGCCUGGGCACCCUGGAGACCCAGCUGGAGCUGCUGCUGGAGAACACCGUGUCCUUCAGCCCUCCAGAGGUGGGUUUGGAGCAGAGGCACAUGGCCUACUGCAACCUCUUCUGUGAUUCGCUGGCUCUGCUGAACCGGGUGGGCGUGUCCACAGGAGAGGCUCUGGCGGCUCGUGUCAUUGGGUGGCUGGAUAGGAAGGGGAGGGGCUUCCCAGUGCUGCCGCUCCUGACGGCCUCCUGCCGUUGCCUGGCAUCCGUGCGUCACAUGACGCGCAUCACGGAAGCCUGCAUCACGGCGUACUUCGCUCAUGCGGAGGAGGAGCCAGUUAGCUGGGGUCCCAUCCUGGCUUCAUUGCAAGUGCCCGAGUUGACGGUGGACGACUUCCUGUCCGAAAGCCAAUCAGGUUGCAGCUUCCUGACCCUCUACGCCUUCAUACUGCAGCGCCUCAACAUGGAGCACACUGUAACCAAUGACAGGAGGACGCUGGGCCUGCUCAACACGUGGACCAAUCAGGUGUCCCCCAGUGGUCCAGGGGACGAGGCCAAGCUGAUGCUGUGGUGGCACAAGAUCCUGACCGUGUCCGUGGAGCUGCUCCGGGUGCAGACAGAGCAGGGCGAGGCGCUGGCCGCCCUGCCCGGCCUCAGCAGGCUCCAGGCCAGGCUAGCCCUGCUGGGGGAGGAGAGGCUCAGCUCCGGCCUGCUGGCUGCCAUCGGACUGGGCCGCAGGUCGCCUCUGUCCAAUAGGUUCAGGGUGGCGGUCCGCAGCCUCGCUGCGUUCCUCUCGGUCCAGAUCCCGUCAGAGAGCCAGCUCCGUCUUCAGCCCGGCGCUGAGCUCCAGCUGUCCCCGAAAGCACAACAGUCCCUGGCCGUGUUGGAGGCCAUGCCCAGCAGUAAGCAGUACUCAGACCUGGAGGACUGUGUGGGGAAGGCCGUCCUGUUCAUUCGCUACCCAGGACACUGUCUGAGUGACGGGGCCAAGCUGCUGUCCCUGCUAGCCAACCUCCUGUACCCGGAACUCCGCUACCUCAACAUCAUACGCUAGCCCCCCCUCCCCGCCGAUGCAGACAGCGCCCUCUAGUGAGCUGGAUGUCCCAGACGGCACUCUGUCCCAGCCCUGCGAAUACACUUACCCAGUCCAGACGAUAUUUCAGUGUGGAAAUGGAUUGUGCCGGAAGGUCUGAACUGGAGAACCAUAAACUGAUUGGGCCAGACUGGACAAACUGUGGGGCCUUUUUUAAGUGAAAGAACCGGAGGAGUGUUGCUAUAAGUACCAAGUGCUGAUGUUUUAACGUGUGAUUGGAAACUAUCAGCUGUGUCAAUCAAACCGCUUGAACCAGAGCGUGGAUCAAAGAAAGACAAUUAUUCUAUGCCUUUCUCUCUCUCUCUCUCUCUCUUUCAAAAUCCAUGCGUGCCAUGUUGCUUUUCUUCUGCAAUGCUGUCGCCUGUUUGAAUGACUUCAGCUGAAUCUCCUCCGCUGUCUGUGUCCAAUAUCAGAAGUAUUUACGAGUGACAUCAUCACUAACUCUGAACUGGGAUCUGCCUCUGAUGUUUGAGUGUGACUGACACGACCAUGUUUGGCAUUGGAACUGACUUUAGGUCAGCUUUGUCGGAAUGGAAGUGAGCAGUUCUAUCAGUUAUUUCCGAGCAUUUAGCGCCAAGAGUUUGAAGACAAAACGAUGUGCCAGUUUAGUCCUGAGUACAACCAGAACCAGAAGUGUGACAGCUACACUGAGGAACUCCAAACAUUCCUAAAAGAAUGUUCCAGUUCUCUUUAGGCUGUCGCCACAGUUCCAGAAAACGAGAGGUUAGUAGAUGUCGUGUUUAAGAGAGCCUACAUGUUCCUGCUGUGUCAGGGCCAAAUCUACAGUUUAGUAGAUCAUCACCACAUAUUACAGACACCUAACACGCUUGCAGACCUUAAUUUAUGAUAUUUUAAACAGCGGUAGAGUGUGUUUGGACUCUAGCACUUUAGCUGUGACACGUCAGCGUGCUAGUCCUCACCAGUAUGAUUUUUCUUACUUGGUUUCCUGACUGUUGGAGCUAUUUCACUGUACAGUUGUGUGGACAUGCCUUACUGCCUGUGUAAUGUGCUUGUGGUACGUUUGUGUGUGUGUCUGUGUGGGCCUGAAUUUGUCAGGUAAGUGUGUCCCUGGACGGGUGUUGCCCACCUGAAGACUCGUACCUGAGUGUAUGUAGGCUACAUUAGCAGUUCAGACCCCACCCCUCCCCUCAUCCUAACCAGUUGGCCUGUACAUAUGACAGACAGAGGAGCUAUUGAACACACAAUGGUGGAUGCAUGUAUAGGAUGGGCUCUGAGAUCAAUCCGUCGAUGAAAUAAACUUUAGCUGAUUACGAUGUGGUACUACUAAA